ACAACCCAAUUCCCUUCUGUCUUUCAAGACCACAUCAAACUUAAUUGACAUACUAGAAGAAUAUGGCAAUGAGAGGAAGGGGUGGUAGGGUUAAUCCCAACCGUCCACCGAGGUUGAUCACCGGUCGUGUGUAUGAAGAUUUCAAACCCAUGUCUGAAUGGAGACAGGAAGAUGGUUACGACACUCUUCUUCUAUAUCUCCCUGGUUUUCAAAAAGAAUACAUUAAGGUGACGACUGAAGAUGUGAAUAUCGUUAGAGUACGUGGAGAACGUUUGAUUGUGGAUAACAAGUGGAGUCGGUUUCAGGAAGAUUAUCGAGUUCCUGAAAACUGUGAAAUGAGAGGUAUUCGUGCAAAAUUUGAUGGCGGGAUACUAACAAUUACAAUGCCUAGGAGGGCCACCACCACACCACCUCCACCGCCACCACCACCACCACCGCCGCCACCACCACCACCGCCGCCACCGCCGCCACCACCGCCACCGCCGCCGCCACCACCGCCGCCACCACCACCACCGCCACCACCGCCGGCGCCACCAACCACCCUACUUCCACCUAAAACAAAUGAGCAACCAUUUAGAAGAACAAAGCAAGAAGAGAUGCUACCCAAACUCAAAGAAGAACCAAAAGAAAAGAAACCUCAAACUAGUCCUUACACUUUGCCACCACAACCAAAGCCAUAUAGACCAACCAAACAACCCGCCCCAGAAGCGAAGGAACAGAAUGUUGUUGGAGAACUAGACAAAGGAAAAGAAGCAUUGGUUGAUCAUGGAGAGGAUAACAAGAGGAGUUGGAUGAUGAAUGAAGAUAGGAAGGCGCUGGUGAAUGCGGGUGUGAGUGUUAUGGUCCUUGUUGCACUUGGUGUUCAUGUGUCCUACACCAUUGGCCUCCUUACCAAAGGGAAAUGAUUUGUAUAUCUAUAUGCUUGUUGUAAUCUUCUGAAUUUGGUCCCCAUACUUGUAAACUAUAUAUAUGUAUAAAAGUCUUAUGCUUCCAUUACAUUAUAAAACAUUUACAACAUAUAAAAUUAAGAUA